AUGGCGACUCGGUACUGGGCUGUGUCUCUACCCGUGGCGCGAGGCUCCUCCGCAUCCGCCCUCUGGAGUCGCCUCCAGGAAUCCAUCUCCAAAAAUGCAUUCGACACACCCCUUUACAGAUUUAACAUUCCGAAUCUUCGGGUGGGCACGCUAGAUUCUCUAUUGGCACUAAGCGAUGACCUUUUGAAGUCGAACAACUUUAUUGAAGGGGUGUCUCAAAAAAUUCGGAGACAGAUCGAGGAUUUAGAGAGGGUUUCGGGUGUGAUGAGUAGCUCUCUCACAGUUGAUGGGGUGCCUGUUGACUCUUAUCUCACUAGAUUUGUCUGGGAUGAAGCAAAAUAUCCGACAAUGUCUCCACUUAGGGAGAUUGUGGAUGGCAUUCAUGUACAAAUUGCCAAGAUUGAGGAUGAUCUCAAGGUUCGUGUUGCUGAAUAUAGCAAUGUGCGCAGCCAACUAAAUGCCAUAAACCGGAAGCAAGCUGGAAGCCUGGCUGUUCGUGACCUGUCCAAUUUGGUGAAGCCACAAGAUAUUAUUACUUCAGAACAUUUGACAACCCUACUUGCAGUUGUUCCAAAGUAUUCACAAAAAGAUUGGCUAUCAGGCUACGAGGGACUCACAUCUUAUGUAGUCCCCAGAUCCUCCAAGAAGCUACACGAGGACAAUGAAUAUGCUCUAUAUACUGUAACGUUAUUCAAACGUGAUGCCGACAAUUUUAGAAACAAGGCACGAGAAAGAGAUUUCCAAAUUCGUGAAUUUGAAUAUAAUCCCGAAACACAAGAAACCCGGAAGCAGGAGCUUGAAAAACUUGCACAAGACCAGGAAACAUUAAAAAGCUCUCUGUUGCAGUGGUGCUAUACCAGUUAUGGAGAGGUUUUUAGCUCCUGGAUGCACUUCUGUGCAGUACGAGUCUUCACUGAAAGCAUUCUGCGAUAUGGUCUGCCACCGUCGUUUUUGUCUGUUGUGUUGUCACCAUCCGUGAAAAGCGAGAAGAAAGUUCGUUCAAUUCUCGAGGGACUGUGUGAUAAUUUAAACAGCGCUUACUGGAAAAAUGAGGAAGACGGAGGAGGGAUGGGCGGCUUUGCAGUAGAUGCUGAUGCAUAUCCUUAUGUCUCCUUCACAAUAAAUCUUAUUUAA